AUGCAAUCGGAUAAGGGCAAUGUUACUGUUUUGAUGGAUAGAUCUCAAUAUGUUGACCUAUCCCGAGAGAUCCUUGAAGAUGACAAUCACUACAAAAUAUUACCUAGAGAUCCCACUACGUCCAUGCAAACAAAGUGCAAUUCAUUGGUGAAAAAUUUGGUCAACAAAGGGUAUAUAACAGAGUCUGAAGGGAAACGUUUAUAUAAUUACAAUGCCGUACCAGCCAGAUUCUAUGGCCUCCCGAAAAUUCAUAAGCCCACCUUAACCCUGAGACCCAUUGUUUCGUUUAUUAAUACUCCAACAUCCAAGUUAUCAAUUUACAUGGCUGAUAUAUUGGCUAGAACUCUUGCUGCCACAGAAGAUAGAUAUUUUGUCAAGAACUCCUUUUCCUUUGCGGAAUUUGCUAAAGAUCUUCAGAUACCAGAUAAUUACGUACUGAUAAGUUUAGACGUAGUUUCUUUAUUCAGCAAUAUUUCUGUUGACUUGGUGAUCUCGGCCAUUGAGAGUCGGUGGACAGAUAUUGAACAACACACUUCCAUUCCCAAAGAUGAGUUCAUUUCCAUGGUGAAAUUCCUUUUCUCUUCGAACUAUUUCCUUUUUGAUGGGAAAUUCUAUUUACAGAUACUGGGCUCCCCCAUGGGCUCCAAUUUCAUUCCAGCCAUUGCGAAAAUAGUUAUGAUAUUUCUUUUGGAUUUGAUACUGGCUAACUUACCAUUUUAUAUUCCUUUCUUGAAAGGAUACGUAGACGACCUGAUCACUGCUGUUCCAAAGGAUCAAGUGACUUACACCCUCCGGAAAUUUAACGAAUGUGAUGAGUUUAUCAAGUUCACCCUUGAGGAGGAAACAUUGGGCAGUGUUCCCUUCUUGGACACCAAGGUCAUCAGAACAAAUGACAAUAACAUUAUACUAGACUGGUAUAGGAAGCCCACGAGUUCAGGCCGUUACAUCCAUUUUCUGUCAAAUCACCCUUCCAAACAGAAGAUCAACUUGAUUCUAGGACUAAAAAGCCGCAUUGAAAGAAUAGUACACCCAACGAAACGAGAGGCCAACUUGAAUGUCCUUUUUCAGUUAAUGAGGAAUAAUGGAUAUCCGAGGGGACUACUUUCACGGUUAAUUUACAACUCAUCGCCCUCUGGACAGCCACAGAGGGUGAGGGAAGGAAUGUCUGAUGGUGUUGUGCCUACAGUGGAGAGCGCCUCCGCCACUUUGGAACUCAGAAGAGAUGGUUUGAAGUUUUCGUCUAUUCCUCUGAUAGAGGGUGUAACUGGGUCAUUGGUGAGGUUGCUUAAGACAGACACAAUAAAAGUGUUGGCAAGAAAUGAGUUCAGGGUCAAGAAAUUAUUCAGCAGGGUCAAAGACAAGAUGGAUGUGCUUAAGAUGAGUGGGGUAGUGUAUGGUGUUCCAUGUGCAUCUUGUGGUGAAAUUUACGUUGGACAGACAUCUCAACAAUUGAAGAAGAGACUCACACAACAUAAGAGUGAUGUUAAGAAUCCAAGCAAGGCAUGUGCCCUGGCAGAACAUGUGAGAAGUAGUGGCCAUCAAAUGAAUUACAACGCAGCGAAAGUGUUGGAAUGUGAAAACAAUCUCAAGAAGCGGACCUUUUUGGAGAUGUGUCACAUUAAACGACAUAGUAAUUCGAUGAAUUACAGAAGGGACAUUGAAGGGAUUAGCAAUAUUUAUGCAUUUUUACUAAGUAUUGACCAGCUGUCCGGGGAGAAAGGAGUACUGAGGCCAGGGAAUGAUGGGAGCUCUGUGGUUUCAGACGUCGUUGUGUCAACCUGA